GACGAAGCCGGGCCAAGCCAGCCGGGGACCAGGGUCAGCAUGUAUUUUACGCCAUUGAACAACCCUGCCGGUUAACUGACGGGCUGGCCUUUGACACUCCUGGCAUCCCCAUUCACCAGUGGGCUCCGAGGCGAUGCUCGGAGCCUCAUGCACUGGGCGGCGGGGUUUGAGUUCCCUGGGGAAGCAGGAAUCCUCAUCUGCGAGGCUACACGUGAUCGGGAGACUGGCGAACUCGUGGCACACUCCACCUGGCGGACAGCCGCGGCGGUGGAGGCCACCCGACCAAGGAGGGAGCGAGCACAAGGGCCUUGGAUCUGCCUCUACUCGGACAAUGGCUGCAAGCCACUCGACCGUAGCGAGCAACUUCUCCUGUUGUAGUGGCUCAACCGGGUCCCAAGCUCCGGGGAAUCCUCCACCCGCGCAGCCAGAAGUUGCAGGAGCGAGUACAAGGCCCUACGAUCAGCCUCUUCUCGGGCCAUGGCUGCAAGCCACUCCACCCUGGAAAGCAGCCUAUCGUGUUGCUGUGGCUCGAGCGGGUACGAAACACCAGAGAAUCCUGCACCCCAGGGAAACGACCCUGCACCCAAGCAGCCACAAGUUGGUGAUCCCAUUGCCUUUCCACAUGAACCUGGUACCCGCGUGACGAUGCUGUUCACACCACUCAAUAACCCGGCGGGAAGUUUUACUGGUUGGCCAUUUAUCAGCGCGCUAUCGCCAUGGACGAGCGGGCUUCGAGCAGACGCUCGCACGCUGAUGCAUUGGGCUGUUUCGUUCAGCUUCCCAAGAGAAGAUGACUCACUCAUUUGUGAAGCAACCCGCGAUAGCGUCACCGGCGAGCUUGUAGCCCACUCGGGAUGGCGGACCAGCACUGCAAUUCAGGCAAGAGCAGCGAUGCAGGAGCGAGCACAAGGGCCUUGGAUCUGCCUCUACUCGGACAAUGGCUGCAAGCCACUCGACCGUAGCGAGCAACUUCUCCUGUUGUAGUGGCUCAACCGGGUCCCAAGCUCCGGGGAAUCCUCCACCAGCGCAGCCAGAAGUUGGUGGUCCCCGUGCCUCGCCUUAUGAACCUGGGACCCGCGUCACUAUGUUGUUCACACCACUCAAUAACCCGGCCGGAUGUUUUACUGGUUGGCCGUUCAGCAGCGAGUUAUCUCCAUGGACGAGCGGGCUUCGAGGAGAUGCGCGCACGCUGAUGCAUUGGGCUGUUUCAUUCAGCUUCCCAGGAGAAGAUGACUCACUCAUUUGUGAAGCAGCCCGCGAUAGCGUCACCGGCGAGCUAACAGCCCACUCGGGAUGGCGGACAAGCGCUGCAAUUCAGGCAAGAGCAGCUACGCAGGAGCGAGCACAAGGGCCUUGGAUCUGCCUGUACUCGGACAAUGGCUGCAAGCCACUCGACCGUAGCGAGCAACUUCUCCUGUUGUAGUGGCUCAACCGGGUCCCAAGCUCCGGGGAAUCCUCCACCCGCGCAGCCAGAAGUUGGUGGUCCCCUUGCCUUGCCUUAGGCACCUGGGACCCGCGUGACUAUGUUGUUCAUGCCACUCAAUAACCCGGCCGGGAGUUUUACUGGUUGGCCGUUCAGCAGCGCGUUAUCUCCAUGGACGAGCGGGCUUCGAGGAGAUGCGCGCACGCUGAUGCAUUGGGCUGUUUCAUUCAGCUUCCCAGGAGAAGAUGACUCACUCGUUUGUGAAGCAACCCGGGAUAGCGUCACCGGCGAGCUAACAGCCCACUCGGGAUGGCGGACAAGCGCUGCAAUUCAGGCGAUAGCAGCUACGCAGGUGAUCCCAUUGCCUCGCCUUAUGAACCUGGGACCCGCGUGACUAUGCUGUUCAUGCCACUCAAUAACCCGGCCGGAAGUUUUACUGGUUGGCCGUUCAGCAGCGCGUUAUCUCCAUGGACGAGCGGGCUUCGAGGAGAUGCGCGCACGCUGAUGCAUUGGGGUGCUUCAUUCAGUUUCCCAGGAGAAGAAGACUCACUCAUUUGUGAAGCAGCCGCGAUAGCGUCACCGGCGAGCUUGUAGCCCACGAGGGAUGGCGGACCAGCGCUGCAAUUCAUGCAAGAGCAGCGACGCAGCAGGAGUGAGGACAAGGCCCGACGAUCCACCCUCUGUGCCAUGGCUGGAAGCCACUUAACCCUACCAAGCAACCUAUCGUGCGGCUGUGGGUCGAGCGGGUAUGAUACACCAGGGAAUCCUGCACUCCAGGGAGACGACCCUGCACCCCAGCAGCCACAAGUUGGU